ACGGUUUUGACACAAAGUGAGUUGGCUUUAACAGAUAAGUCUUUCUCAGAUUGACAGACGUAUUCGAAAGUGAGACAUACAUAGAUACAUAGCUACAGAUUAAGCGAAGCCGGAAGUAUCAUAUAGUGAACGCUCCGAUUUUCUCGAGUUGUUGGAGCUUGUGUCGCGAGCUCAGCAGAAUCCUGCCCUCACGAGGGGAGCUAGCCCAGUCUUGUCAGCGCGCAGCGGGGUGGUGGAAGAUGGCGCUAGCCGAAUGGAAAUCCUAAUGACAGUCUCCAAAUUUGCCUCUUUUUGUACCAUGGGCGCCAAUGCCUCUGCUCUGGAGAAAGAGAUUGGAUCUGAGCAGUUUCCGGUCAAUGAGCACUACUUUGGCCUUGUCAAUUUCGGGAACACUUGCUACUGUAACUCGGUGCUGCAGGCACUGUACUUCUGCCGGCCAUUCCGGGAGAAGAUCUUGGCGUACCGCGGUCAACCACGGCGAAAGGAGAACCUGCUCACCUGCCUUGCCGACUUGUUCCACAGUAUUGCCAAUCAGAAGAGGAAAGUGGGCGUCAUACCACCCAAGAAGUUCAUUACACGGUUACGCAAGGAGAAUGAGCUGUUUGACAACUACAUGCAGCAGGAUGCCCAUGAGUUCCUGAACUACCUUCUCAACACCAUAGCUGAUCUGCUUCAGGAGGAGAGGAAGCAGGAGAAGACCAAUGGCCGCCUUGCUAACGGCACGCUGGACUCCCAGAACAACAACAGCAAUGCCACACCUGCUCCCACCUGGGUCCACGAGAUCUUCCAAGGCACUCUGACCAAUGAGACACGCUGUCUCACCUGUGAAACGAUCAGCAGCAAAGAUGAGGACUUUCUAGACCUUUCUGUGGAUGUAGAACAGAAUACCUCCAUCACACACUGCCUCAGGGGGUUCAGUAACACGGAGACACUGUGCAGUGAGUACAAAUACUACUGUGAAGAGUGCAGAAGUAAGCAGGAGGCACACAAGAGAAUGCGUGUAAAGAAGUUGCCGAUGAUCCUGGCGCUGCACCUGAAGCGCUUUAAGUACAUGGAGCAGCUGCAGCGUUACACCAAGCUGUCCUAUCGUGUUGUCUUCCCCCUGGAGCUUCGCCUCUUCAACACCUCCGGGGAUGCCACAAAUCCUGAGAGACUCUACGACCUGGUCGCUGUUGUGGUGCACUGUGGAAGCGGGCCAAACAGGGGGCACUACAUUGCCAUUGUGAAAAGUCAUGACUUCUGGUUGCUGUUUGAUGAUGAUAUUGUAGAGAAAAUUGAUGCGCAGGCCAUAGAAGAAUUUUACGGUCUCACUUCUGAAAUCUCCAAGAACUCUGAGUCAGGAUAUAUCCUCUUUUACCAGUCCAGAGACUAAAUGUGGAGGUGAGCGUUUUACUGCAGAACGCAGGAAAAAAGUUCUGUUUCCUCUUUGUGAGGAGCAACAGACAAUAAACGCACCACAGCAACGCACAUGGUGUCAUACCUGUCUGCGCAGCUGUAAUUCAUACCUUUUUACACGUUCAGCUCUGCAGCUCAGCUGUGGAAGUCUCCCCUAUGUGCCAGCUGUCUCUCCUGGGCUCCAUGUAUUUCCUGCCCCCUCAUCCCCUUCAUGCUGACUGGACGCUGCUGCUGCUGCAGGGACAAUGAGACAAUAAUGAAUGGAAACUGUCAAGAUUGUUUUAAAAAGACGUUGAAUGAGGGUUGUACAGAUGUGGGUAAAUCGAAUGAGUGGCAUGCUAGUUUUUGCCUUGGGUGUGGGGUUGAAUGGGUAUUUAAUAAUUCAUAUGGUGUAAUAUUGGCCUAGUGUCUUCACCCUCCUUAAACACACUGUUAUUCUGCACUGGGAUUUAGUGAGCAGAUCAAGGAACGGAAAGGAGGAGCGGUGGGAGGGUGAGCAUCCCACUUGUAGAACACACGGGGUCCUGUAUUUCUACAGUGUACAGAAUGUUAUUUGUAUAAAUAUUACAAGAAGAUAAUAUUAUCCUUGGAAAAUGUUAGAACUUGAGAUGAUGUAUUAACACUAUGGUGCACUUUUGAUACCGUUUUGUAGGUGUUAGCAAGUUUAAUGUGAGGGUUUGCUUAAAGGCCUGUGGUGUAGCGAUCAUUUUCUGUUUUAAAGAAAAAUAAAGUACUUAAAUCGA